GCAAAACGUGCUUACAAAUUUUCUUCGUUUAAAUAAAAGUAUGGGCAUGAGCAAUAGGAAUAUUUUAAAGCGUUCUAAAUAUUAUAAUUUUAAUUAAAAUUGUAUUUAGUUGUUUUGUUAUUUGAAACGUUAAGUGAACUACGUAAACCAGUAAAUUUGAGACUGCCGUAAAGCGAAAAAAUUCUCGUUUGUUUUUUGUUUUUAUAUUGCUUUGGAAAUGACCAAUUUCAAAGCUUUAAAUGUAAAAAAAUAUCCUAAAGCUGGGAAGGUAGUAACGCCGGAUACUGAAUAUUGGAAAAAACUAAGCGUGCCAACGCUAGUCAAAGAAUUUGGAGCGAUCGAUUUUGUAGAUUUCAACCCCAUAGAACCGCAUUACUUUGCUGUUACUUGCUCAGUGCGUGUACAAAUUUACAAUCCUAUAACUAAGUUAGUAGUAAAAAAUCUCAAUCGUUUUCAAGAAACUGCAUACGGCGGAACAUUUCGUCGAGAUGGCCGUUUGUUGGUAGCUGGUGAUGAACAAGGUCUAGUCAAAUUAUUUGAUACUUCCACCAAAAAUGUUUUGCGCUUAUUUAAGGGUCAUAAAGCUCCCGUUCAUCGUGUAAAUUUCACUGCAGAUCUCUUGCAUAUAGCUAGUUUCUCUGAUGAUAAGACCGUAAAAUUAUGGGAUAUAACUAAUGAAAAAUCACUGCAUACCUUCAGUGAUCAUCACGAUUACGUGCGCGCUGGUGCUGUCAAUCCAGUAUCAGCAAAUGUUAUUAUUUCUGGUGGAUACGAUGGCAAAAUUAAAGUAUACGAUACUCGAACGCAACAACCAACCUUAAAUAUUGAUCAUGGCUGUCCUGUAGAGUCUUUACUUUUCUUGCCUACAGGUGGUAUAUUCCUUAGCGCUGGCGGUACUGAAGUGCGUGUUUGGGACAUUUUUGCCGGCUGUCGAUUAUUAGCAAAAUUGUCUCAACAUCAUAAAACCGUUACUUGUCUACGUUUGGGUUCUAAUGGCAAACGUAUAUUAUCUGGAGGAUUGGAUCGUCAUAUAAAAAUUUAUGAUGUUGCUUCUUAUGAAACUGUACAUACAUUAGACUUUUCCAAUUCUAUACUUAGUUUGGGAGUGGCUCCCAAUGAUCAAACCGUAGUAGCUGGUAUGGUCGACGGCUUAAUUUCGAUACAGAAUAUGGAAACCGGUCACGAAAAGGAACGACAACAACAACGGCAACGCAAACAUGUUUUUAAUAAAUUUGCUGAACGCGCCGAUCUGGCUGUGGAUCAUCAAAUUGUGAUUGCAAAACAACCUGCUUUAUCAAAUUAUGAUCGUUUCUUACGUCGAUAUGAAUACGGGAAUUGUUUGACUUGUGUACUACCUCCAGUCGUUUCCAAGUUCCAUCCUGAAAUUACUGUCAGCGUUAUGCAAGAGCUAAUACAUCGUAAGGGUUUGCACCGUGCAUUGGCUGGACGCUCCCAGGAUUCGUUGUCAUCUAUAAUAUACUUUAUAAAUCGACACAUUGGCGAACAACGAUUUAUGCGUGUGCUUAUUGAUGUCGCCGCAAUUCUAUUAGAUGUUUAUGAGGACAAAUUGUGCGAAUUUACCGGCCAAUUGGUUCGGAAUUUCAUGCAACUAAGCGAGACGUUGAAACGUGAAACUGCUCUUACAUACAAUUUGCUAGAGUUACAAGGUUCUCUAGAACUGUUAAUGGCUGCUUCCGACGUUUCAACUAAUAAUGAUGAAAUGGUGCAUUUCAUUAAGGAUGGCAACAACCCCACAAAUAUCAAACAAUCGGCUAUGGCACAACAAAGUUCAAUCCUAAUGGUUUAGCAAUCGAAUUGGCCAUACAUUCUCGCUAAAAGAUUUAUUUUGCGCCAUUUGGAACUGACUGAGAACCUCGAUUAAUUAAAGCAAGAAAAAAAAAUGCUACUUUAACUGAAAAUAUGUUAGUGCCUCUUAAUUGUAAGCAUAAACUGUCUUCGUCAUUCCGUUCAAUUGUCUUUAUGCACUUCGAGAACGCUUAUAUCCCAUGAUUAGAGAUUUAAUAAAAUUGUUUAAAUUGAGCAUAUUUAUGCAUUACUAGCGAAAAGAAAAAAUAUGCAAAAUCCGUCUAUUCGUUUAAAUAAAUAAAUCGAAUAUAUAUUUUAUAGCCGUCAUCGAAGGUAAAAUGGCGAAUAGAAGAAGAAGAAGAAUACACUAACUUUGUAGUAAUUGAAUUGGCAGUUACAUAAAUAAACCUUACUCGUAUGCUAUAAGGAACACAUUUAGUCGCGUUUCUUUAAAUAUGCAUUAUAUUUUGAACUUUCGUAAAAUAUUAAAUAGAAAGGUGAAAUUUCCAAGUCAUUGUAAUCCCAAGAAAAAUGUUACGAUUGUCAAUACCAUUCAUGCAACCGAUCACAAACACUGAUCUACCGUUUAAUACAAAUUUUGUGAAAGCCAUUUGAAAUCUCUGUACAAAUAUUUUUUCGAUCCAUUCAUUCACUUUUAAUGAUAUUUAUUUUAUAUUAACAUUGUGAUUAUCAGACACAUUGGUCAGAGUUAAUUUUUCUUCAGAAAAAGUGAAACAAAAAAAACGAUAUUAUUCGUCUCUUCGAUUAUAAAUAAAAGAAUUGUCUUUCGGUCAGUUAGAUGGUUAGGAUUUGAUAAGUUAUUCAGGAAAUCUUCUAAAUUGAUUUCAAUACGAUUGAUAAAGCCUUUGCAAACUUCUCAAGUUAUCGUAGCUGUGCUAAGUAUUCUUAUGUAAGUAAUAUAUGAAUGUUUUCAUUCUCUGCUAGUUUUAACCAUUGAAUUUUGAAUGAAUCGGGAAUGAAUUUACCUAAAUUUGCCUGUGAAUAUGUUCCUU